AUGGAAGAAUUCCUUUUAACAAGAGAACCCCUCGAUAUUGUCAGAAUUUCCACGGCAUUAUUUGUACGAGUAGAGGAAGGUGAAUGGACAGGCAUUCUCGAAAAGGAGGUGGAGAAUUUUGAGAAUAUUCUGAAAAGAGUCUUAGAACGAGUUCCCUCAGAAGAUGUCGAGCGAAGAAAGAAACUUCAAAGUUUUGGUACCGGGAAAAAAUUAGCUAAACGGGUCACGACUGCAUUCGAAGAUCUAUGUUCACUUUCAGAAAUGGAAGCGUUAGUAAUCGAUACAGAAGCCUGGUAUGAAGAUGCAAAUACAAAUUUACGAUCUUUGAAGCGUGACGUUGGACGGUGCAUGACUGAGAGCGCUAGUUAUGAGAAAACCAUGUGGGAGAGAAUAGAAACAGAACUUGAGGAAAUAAAUGUGGAGAACCUUGGAUUCGAUCAUCCGAUUUGUUCAGAUGUUCUAGAUAUCAAGUCAGAACCCUUUACAAAUAUGCCUGGGUCAGUUUCUGAUAUUUUUAAGGAACCAUUUCGAAAAUAUAAGUUAGAACAGAAUCAUGAUAUAAUGGAAGCUUGUAAAGAAUUUAUCCAAAACGAAGAAUCGAAAAUUAAUAUAGACGAGGUUUUGGGUAAUAUUAAUUAUGGAGAAUGGUUGGAUAAGCCCGAAGAAUUGCAAGAGGACCCCGAAUAA